AUGGAAAAAGCUGGCACUGUGUCCGACGUUCUGAAGGCUGUCGGCGACAUCAUCCAGAGCACCCUCUCCGCGUCGGUUCCACAGGCUGGAGCAGCGUGGAUGGGUGUCUCCAUCUUGCUAAAGGGCCUUUCCAAUGCUGCUGGGGAGUCCGCUGCGAACCGUGAGGGCAUUCUUUACGUCGGCUCGCGAUUUGGGUGGUACCGACAACUGUUUUCCAUCCUGGACAGCUUAGCAGGCGGCCAAUUGGGUGAACUCCGACAGCAACUGGAAGCCAUGGCGAUUGACCUUUUCGCCAAGAUCUUCACAUACCAGAUGAGCAGCGUCGGCGACUACUUCCGCAGUCAACUUUCUGUGACUAUUUGCAACGCAUUCCGUGCCAGAGACUGGGCUCGAGACCUCGGCGCUAUCAAAGACUGUGAAGAGGGUCUACGCGAGUGCCUGAAGCAGUAUGACAAUAGGACAGAGAUCAAGCACCUCUCCGACUUGGCGAGGACGGCGUUCAGUCUCGAGGCUGGAAUGACGAGGCAGCUCGCUGAACUCGGCGAGAUAAGGCGGGUCCAGGCCGAAUUACUGGCGGUGCAAAGAGCAGGAGCCGAAAAGAAGGAAUUGGAUGAGGCCUACAAGCUGAUUGGCAAGUUCAAGGUCUCGGGUUUGUCGUACGAGGAGUUCAUGGAUCGAAACCCGGAUCCGGCCGAAGGAACAUGUGGGUGGUUCCUGAAAGACGACCGAGUCCUCGACUGGGAGAAAGGCGGAAAGAAACUCCUCUUGGUCAAAGCCAUGCCCGGGCAGGGGAAGUCUGUGCUGGCACGAGCGCUGGUGAAGAAGUGGCGCAAUGGUGGACAGGCGACUGUGUGCCACUUCUUCAAAGAUACCAACCUCAUUCAGAAGAGGGCCGACAUGGCCUUGUGCGCUAUCCUUCAUCAGAUACUCACCAAGGAUCCGUCACUCGCGCUAAAAGUGAAGAACGAAAUUAACCAGGGAGGUGAAGGCCUGCCGGGCUCCAUGACCGACCUAUGGAACCUGCUUGAAGUUGUCACUUUGCUUGUCAAGGAACCUAUCAUAUGCAUCUUCGAUGCCCUCGACGAGUGCGACGAUGAACAUCCACAGAUGCUUCUUGACAGACUUUCGACCUUCUGCAAUGCCGAAGAGACAAGAAACCCGAAGUUGAAGAUCCUAGCCACGACGCGGCCAAUCGACCGGAUUAUCAACAAGUUUCGCAAUGUGCCAAACAUCGGGCUGAACCCGAAUGACUCUACCAUUCUAGCCUCUGAGAUCGAGAGUGUCAUCAAAAUGAGGGUAGGCACCAUGGCCAAGGAAAAGGGAUGGAGCAACGAGCUCCGUAUUCGCAUUGAGGAGUCGCUGAGGGGGACGGGCACACCGCAAAACACAUACCUAUGGCUGCGACUCAUCUUUGAGCUGCUCGACAAGGAGCCCGCGCUCCCUGACGAGGAUUGGCUCACUCUAAUCACAGAACUUCCGCCAACAGUAAACGGCGCGUACGAGAAGCUCCUCAGAAGUGUAGACGCGAAGAGGAAGUUCUACGUCAGAGAACUAUUGUCUAUCAUGAUUUGCGCCGCCACACCCUUGACUGCCGAGGAGGUGAAUAUUGCGCUGAGGGUAGCUUCAGGUACUAUGAACUAA